AUGGUGAAGUGUAUAGCCGUAGUUCUGUCCGGGUGUGGGGUCUACGAUGGGACAGAGCUCCACGAGGCAUCUGCUGUGCUGGUCCACCUCAGCAGGGCUGGAGCUAAGGUCCAGAUGUUUGCCCCCAACGUGGAUCAGAUGCAUGUGGUGAACCACUGCGAGGGGAAACCCACGGCGGAGAAACGCAACGUCCUGCAGGAGAGCGCACGCAUUGCCCGCGGUGACGUGUCGGACCUUGCCGAACUGGACAUCACCACUUUCGACGCCCUCGUCAUCCCAGGUGGUUUUGGUGUGGCUAAGAACCUGUCUGACUGGGCUGUGAAGGGGAAGGAGUACACGGUUCAGCCCCAGGUAGAGAAGCUGAUUAAGGGGUUCCAUGGAGUAGGCAAGCCCCUGGCUAUGUGUUGCAUCUCCCCUAUCCUAGCUGCUAAGGUCCUGCCGGGGUGUGAGAUCACCGUGGGACAGGACAAAGAGUGUGAGAGGUGGGUUACAGUGGUGUGUACGGCGACCGCCAUGACUGAGCUGGGCUGUAAACACGUGAAUAAGAACGUGGGGGAGGUCCACAUUGACGUCAAGAACAAGCUGGUCACCACCUCCGGCUUCAUGUGUAACGCUCCCGUACACGAGGUGUUUGAUGGGGUGGGUGUAAUGGUUACAGAGCUACUCAAACUGGCCUAGAAAGUCUGGGAAUCAGAAUGCUGAAUUAGGUUGCACCCUAUUCCCUUUAUAUAGUGCUUAUGGGCCCUGGUCAAAAGAAGUGCACUAUGUAGUGUGUAUAUGGGACUCACACUU